AUGGUUUUUAUUUUUAGAACUAACAGUGUGAGAUUCCCAAUUGCCAAACGAAUAAACUCUUCUUCGUUGUACUUUGGAAAAUAUGUUAACAAACUAUUAAUUAAAACUAUUAGAUAUAAGUCGUCCUCUUCGCAGCCUUAUCCUCAGAAUUUAGAAGAAUUGGCUAAAAUGGAUAAUAUUGACAAUAUUCCACCAGAAGUAAUACGUAAACUGUUAAUAGAGAAAACUGAACAAUUGAACUUACAAAAUGAAGUUAAAAUGUUGAAGGAAUUAACUAAACAAGAAGAAUUUUCUCGAAAUUCAAAUUUUUCUACAAUAAAGGCAAAAUAUGCUAGACCAUUUUGGAAUUUCCUAUUGCUCAGCAGUUUUGUUUAUUUAUUCUAUCAUUAUUUAUGGCUAAAAUUAGAAUACGAAGAAAGAGAGAAAGAAUUACAUUUAGAGGCAACAAACAUUGAGAAUCAAUUAGCACAGUUGAUCGAAGAUAUUGAUAAAAAUGCAGAUGUUUCUAAUGACGGCGCUAACGAUUCUAAAAAGAAAUCCAAAAGAUUUUGGCUUUUUUAA